CAGGACAUCAGGCAUGAAGCCAGUGAUUUUCCAUGUAAAGUGGCCAAACAUCCCAGAAACAAAAAUAGAAAUAGGUACAGAGAUGUCAGCCCCUUCGAUCACAGUCGAAUUAAGCUAAACCAGGGUGACAAUGACUAUAUCAAUGCUAGUUUGAUAAAAAUGGAAGAGGCCCAAAGGAGCUACAUCCUUACCCAGGGACCUUUGCCAAAUACUUGUGGUCACUUUUGGGAGAUGGUUUGGGAACAGAAAAGCCGUGGUGUUGUCAUGUUGAACAGAGUGAUGGAAAAGGGAUCCAUAAAGUGUGCGCAGUAUUGGCCACGGAAGGAGGAGAAAGAAAUGUUUUUUGAAGAUACAAACUUGAAAUUAACAUUGAUAUCUGAAGAUAUAAAAUCAUAUUACACAGUACGACAGCUGGAAUUGGAAAACCGUACAACACAGGAAACGAGAGAGAUUCUGCACUUUCAUUAUACUACGUGGCCCGACUUCGGCGUCCCGGAGUCACCCGCUUCAUUCCUCAAUUUCCUGUUCAAAGUGAGAGAGUCUGGCUCGCUCAGCCCUGAGCACGGGCCCGUGGUCGUGCACUGCAGCGCAGGAAUUGGGCGAUCGGGAACUUUUUGUUUGGUUGAUACAUGCCUUCUGCUGAUGGACAAACGGAAAGAUCCUUCUUCUGUGGACGUUAAACAGGUUCUCCUAGAAAUGAGGAAGUACAGAAUGGGCCUCAUACAGACAGCAGAUCAGCUCCGUUUCUCCUACUUAGCUGUUAUUGAAGGGGCAAAAUUCAUUAUGGGAGAUGCUUCAGUGCAAGAGCAGUGGAAAGAGCUCUCCAAUGAAGACCUGGACCCACCGCCUGAACAUACCCCACCACCUCCCAGACCACCAAAGCGAACCUCAGAAAUGCUCAAUGGAAGGAUGCAUGAACACACAGAAUUCUUUCCUAAACACCAAGUAGUAGAAGAAGAGAUCACGUGUUCGGUCAGCAGUGUGGAAGAGAUGGUUCCAGAUGGCAGAGCUCAUUCAUCUGUACCACUGAUCACAGACAGCACUAGUCAAGACACUGAAAUUCGGAGGAGAACUGUUGGUGAAAAUCUGCGUCUCUCGCCCCACAAAGAAGAGCCGAUGAAGUCAGAAAGCUCCGACGAGGAGGAUGAGAACAUGGUGACGACUUGGAAGCCGUUCCUAGUGAACAUGUGCAUGUUCGCUUUCCUCACGGCAGGAGCUUACCUCUGCUACAGGGUGUGGUUUCACUGACGGACGUGCCGAAGGAUCCACCCUGCAGAAAGCACCCACCACUCGGUCGGUUUGUGAUAAGCUUCUGGAAGGAAAGCGCCUGGGGCACGCGAGCCUUGUCUCAGCGGAGGCAGGUCAUGGGGUGAAAGGCCAGAACUUUGGUUAGGGCUUAGGGAGAGCUGAUGCACUAGGGUUUGAUCCAGCCCUGUGGUCCCAAGAACAGAAUAUUGCAAUCUCAGGGCCUUGAAAAUAUUCAGGAGUAAGCAGAGAAAAUGCCAAAUAGUCUGUUUUCCUUUUUUUCUUUUCUUUUUUUUCUUUUUUUGUUUUUUUAAACUAAAUAAUAGAAUUACAACACAUUGUUGUUUUUAGCCUUUUUUAAAAAGCUGAUUCUUUUUCUUUUGUGUUUCGGAAAAACUAGGCACAAGUGAAACUCGCUUGUACUCUCCAAGUGUUGUAACCAAAUACAUGACUUACAUUGAUGAGUUCCCAAAAAAAGAGAAAGAAACCCACAUACCUGAAGAAUGUAAACUUUUUAGAAGGGG